GGCACCACAUCGCGCUAUCUGCAUAGAAACGAGGAGUUGCCGAGGGUUCCGCUCCGACGUCAUCGAUCUGUCAGUGCGACACACUUAACUAAAAAAAAACAGCUAAGGAAGCGGGAUAUUGGUCAUAAUCCACGGCGAUGUGAUCGAGGAUGCGUUUGCCUUGAGCUGUCCAGCGAACCCAUAUGAGUGAAGUUCCCUCAUCCAGAGACAUGGCAGAGGAAGGCGACUCCCAACAGCACACAGCAGAUCUCAAGAAAGACGAAGCACACCCUACAAAUUCCGAUCACGUUCCAGCAUGUGAUGAGCACAAACCAACUGAUGGCUCAGAUGAUGGAGAAAAGAAGACAGCGCCUCCUACAGGAAAAUCUUCAGGAGAAGACAACAGCAGCCUUCAUGAAGAUGAUGAAGAAAGUUAUGGAGAUUCCGACAGAAAUGAGGAACAACCUGUCGUGGCUGAGGCAACCCCCGACGGAGAUUCUGCUGAAAAGAAGACGGCGCCUCCUACAGGAAAAUCUUCAGGAGAAGACGACAGCAGCCUUCAUGAAGAUGGUGAAGAAAGUCAUGGAGAUUCCGACAGAAAUGAGGAACAACCUGUCGUGGCUGAGGCAACCCCCGGAGAAGACCACAAAAAGGAGGAGAAACCACCAGCAACAGCCACUUUACCGAUCUCUGGUGACAGACAGGACGACCAGGCUGAUGGACCCAAAACUACGACUGAUGAAAAACCUUCAGCCACAAACCACACCAACACUGACGCUGGAGAGGACGGAGAUUCUGCUGAAAAGAAGACGGCGCCUCCUACAGGAAAAUCUUCAGGAGAAGACGACAGCAGCCUUCAUGAAGAUGAUGAAGAAAGUUAUGGAGAUUCCGACAGAAAUGAGGAACAACAGGACAAUCAGGCUGAUGGACCCAAAACUACGACUGAUGAAAAACCUUCAGCCACAAACCACACCAACACUGACGCUGGAGAGGGAAUCAGAAGAUACUUGGCAGCAGUGUGUAUCAUGGUUUUUGUAGCUAUCUUGGUGCAGCAUCUCUUCCAACCUGAGUCACCGCCUCAGAAAAGCGAUGUGCGGCAAAUAGACAUCUUCCUCAAGCAGAUGGAAGAAGUAAAGACUAGGUUUCCUAACCAGCGUGCUGAGCUCUGGAACAGGGCCAGGAUCCACCUGCAGAGGCAUCUCCUGACAGCUCAGCCCACAGAGCCGGUGAGCCUGAUCCUGACCGCCGGCCUCAGAGCUGAGAGGACGCUGCACUGCCUCGCUCAGGGUCUGGCCUCCGCCUUCUCUUCUGCCCUCAACGCCUCCGUCCUCCACAUCGAUGGAGCCAGCAAAGCCAGUGAGGACAGCGACCAGGUCAAACUGGACAUUGACAGCAAGUUGCAGGGAGCUUUUGAAGGAGACAAACCCGUGGCCGUCAUUCAUCGCUUCGAAGAGCUCCCUCCGGGCUCCACUCUUAUUUUUUAUCGCUACUGUGACCACGAAAAUGCCGCAUACAAAAAAACAUUUCUGAUCUUCACUGUGCUGCUGGGGGAAGAAGAGGAGAUUCCUGCCAAGAUUCGCUUGAGUGCGGUGGAGGAGAUGGUGGACGACCACCUCCAGAAAAAGUUUCUGACGCAUGGCCACCCUGUGUCUUUUGACAGGAUGGACCUCGACAAGUACGGUGGACUGUGGAGCCGCAUUUCUCACCUCAUCCUCCCUGUGGCAGCAGAGGAAAGAAUAGAGCAUGAAGGCUGCUAGAGGACAUGAACAGCCCAUCAUCUGAACUUUUAGUCCAAGCACUCAGCUGCUGCAGAUCUGUCAGAACUUUCACUGAGGGUCAUCGUGGGGUAAACCGGGUUUCUUACAUAUACUAAAUUAAAGCUCAUUACAAAUGAAGACAUCAAGCAUAGAUAAGAGACAUUAUGAUGUAGAAUAUUUGUAAAAGUUUCUAUGACCAUUCACCAAGAAAAAAAAACAUUUGAGGAAAAGGCUGUGGCACUUUAUUCUUUGAGUCUUUUGAUCAGAUGUAAUUACAGACUGACUGCAAAAUGAAGUAAAUCGGGAGCUUAUUUGGAUUUUGUGAUACAAUUUUAAUGGUAACUGCUAAAUUUCACAAAGUGUUAUCUGAUGUAAGACUUGAUUGUUCUGUGGAUAAUGAUCACUUCAGAGUUAAAAGGCCAAACUAUUGUGUUGGUUUCGCAGCACAGGGUUUAUUAUUGUCACGAUUCAUGUCUUCUGUGAUUCUCAAACCUUCACGGCACCACGGGCCUUAACUGAACAACCCAUGUCCUUUUUUUUCUAUAUGCAUAUACAUGUUCCACUUCUGGAAGUCAGAUGACGAGUGCAUAAAUGAAAUGUGCCUUAAAAUGACAAUAAACUUGCUGUAUAAUCUGAAA